AAUAAACCUAUUCACAAACUGAACGCAUGUUUGACUUAGGGGGACAACGCAACGGGAUUGCUUCUGCAAGUCACUAUUGACUGUAGUUGCCUUCUACAGUAUUUUUAUAAAGCGAUAUUAUUUCUAUACAGAUCCAAGGAAAUAGGAGUAGAAAGACCAUGGCUCAAUUUGCUGCCGAUAUUUAAAUUCCAAAAAUUCACACAGGUUGCUUUCAUGAAAAUACUAGUUAUGUUUUGUGAAAGUCUAUGAAUUGGAAGGCUGUUAAAUCAGAUAUUUAUCAAAUAUUGGGUUUCACAGUGUAACGGUAGUCGUGCGAUAGACGAAGUGUUCCGAUUGCUAACUUUGUCUACUGGCUGUUUGUCGGCUAAUUUCCUAUUAAAGGGAGAAUUAAUUGAUGUUGUUUGUUGUUUCUCUUUAAUUUUGCCUUUACGUCUUAAGCUUGUAUAAUAUCAUAGUUUAUAUUAUUAGUUUGAGUAUUAAAUAUGUAGAUAUUUAUUCAGGGAAUCAAAUUAUGAUUAUAGGCAUUUAAUUAAGUUUAUUAUGUUUACCUAAUAAGCUUCCCUCAAAAUACGUGGUCUUUCGUAGAUCAUCAUGGCAGCCAAAUGCAUGAAAUCGGGAAAGGGGUGAAGUCAAAAAGUUUUCACGUAAUGUUUAGUGAAAUCUUCAGAAUGUACAUGUAAUAUUCAGUGAAAGCUUCAGAAUAUAAUAUUCAGCAUGUAAUCAAGUAUUAUUCAGCAUCGUCAGUAAUGAGUAAUAUUCAGCCAUGGUGUCUUCAGUAUAAUAUGUAGCACGUUGAUUAUAAUCAGAAUUAAAAGAGGAAUUCAUCCGUAUUCGAAUUCUCUCAUUAGGCUAUGUAGGCCCAUGCGUAUGCGACCUGAUUUGUGUAAGCUGAUGUGUGAACUGUUUAUAUUUGUAGCUGUUAUUUAAUAUAUAAAGUUUAUUACAUUGAAGAACUACACGUCGUUGUUUAUAUUUCGCUAAAUGUUUCAGUGUAGAAAGCAUUGACUUCAGAGUAUUCGUCCGCAGAGCAUCAUUCCUCUGUCAAUAUUAUUUGGCUGCUUCAGCGAUAGAGGCAUGCUGUUACAGUGAAAACUUUAUUCACAUUCGUUUAUAAGUAGGCGAACUUUUAAUUCAUUUGCGUUAUAUGAGUAGACACUUCAUAUCGCAUACUGAGAAGAGACUGGUGUUAUGUAUUCAGCAACUUCACCAUUGACAAUAUUUCUAAUAAGCAGUAUAUUAUCGGUGAUUUCGAUUUCGGAUAAAUUAUAUACAAGUACAAUGGCAUCCGGUGGUAAUGAUACCUACAAGAUAAAAUCAUCUCAUCAUUCUUCAUCAAAGAGAUCUCUUCAAACACGAAGUGCUGCAUCGCGGUCGCACUCUGUAAAAGCUGACAUAGCUAUUGAAGCUGCUGCACUUAAAGUAAAACUCAAAUAUCUAGAGGAAGAAACCAGGAAACAGUCAGAACUUACACGUAUUCAGAUGAUACGAGAUUUGGAUAUGGCGGAAGCUAAACUUCAAGCCUUAGAUCAAGUUGAAAGAGAAGACAGUUGUGUCUUGACUGACAGUAGUGAAUCUGAUAAAAGCCGUCAUAAUACAUGUAGUCACAAUGCUCCUGAAAUUAAUGCGCGUCAAGAUCGUCAACGUAAUUUUGUACAUGUACCUCUACCUACUGCUAAUCAAGAUGUAAAUCAAUAUGUUCAAAGUUACAUUAAUAACAUUCCUGACUCAAGAUAUUCGCCAACUGAAGUUUCAGUGGAAAAUUGUGGUGGUAACAUUAGUAACAAUGAAACUUUAUCAUCAAUUGCUAAAAUGUUUGCAGAACAAGUUAAUUUAAGUAAAUUGCCAGCUCCUGAACCUAUAAUAUUUUCUGGCGAUCCAUUGAAGUAUCCAACAUGGAAAUCUGGGUUUCGUUCUUUGAUAGAACACAAGAAUAUUCAACCGGUCGAAAAAAUGUUUUAUCUUAAAAAAUAUUUAAGUGAUGUUGCACGUGAAUCCGUUGAGAGUUACUUUUUAUUACAAACUGAUAACGCCUUUGAAGAUGCAAAGUCCUUAUUAGAAGAAAGAUUCGGUAAUCCCUUUAUUAUUUCGCAAGCUUUUCGCGACAAGCUAGAAAGUUGGCCGAAGAUAUAUCCUCGCGAUGGUUUGGCACUUCGAAAAUUUGCAGACUUUCUCAGACAGUGUGAAUCUGGUAUGAACUCUAUUGAUAGUCUUAAAGUUCUCGAUGAUCCACGAGAAAAUAAGAAACUUUUGAUUAAGUUACCAGAUUAUUUAGUCAAUUGUUGGGCUCGUAUCGUGCACGACUAUAAGCAGAAAUAUCAGCAGUUUCCUCCCUUUAGGGAAUUUGUAAAAUAUUUAUCAAGAGAGGCAGAUAUCGCUUGCGAUCCAGUUACGUCCUGUAGUUAUAAGUCAAACUCAAAUCGAAGUAAUCCAUAUGAACCUAGGAGAGCUGCAACGGCUCAUGCUUUGGAAACUCAUGAAAAUCGUCAGUUUAAUCGCUCCGAACGAAAACCGUGUACCGUUUGUAAAGGUCAGCAUCACUUGGACACAUGUUCUGAAUUUUUAAAGAAGAAUUUGAAAGAUAGAAAGGAGUACAUUGCAAAUAAUCGCCUGUGUUUUGGCUGUUUAAGCUCGGGUCACAUGUCAGUAUUUUGUCGAAGCAGAUUGUGGUGUAAUAUCUGUCAUAAAAGGCACCCAACUUCUCUUCAUGGUGAUGUUCCGGAAAGAAACGAUCCAGUUGCAAGGUCUUCCGUUGCGCAUAGUAUUAAAGUUGACUGGUACGACGUUGGUAAUAAAAGCGCAAUGAUUGUACCCGUGUGGAUAUCCUUUGAAGACAGAGAACGUUUAGUUUAUGCAUUGCUUGAUACUCAGUCGGACAAUACUUUUGUUUUAGACACUUUGUUAGAUUCUCUUGGUGUUGAUGGACAACAAAUCCAGCUUUCACUUUCAACAAUGACUGCUGAAAAUCAGAUAAUAAAUAGCCGUAAAGUUCCGGGUUUGUGUGUUCGAGGAUAUGACAGUAAUAUAAUCAUCAAUCUACCUCCAGUUUAUUCCAGAAGAAUAAUGCCGGCGAAUAGAAGUCAUAUUCCUAAUUCCGACAUGGCUAGACGUUGGCCUCACUUACACUGUAUAGCAGAUCAACUUCCUCCUAUUCUGAAUUGCGAGAUUGCCCUUUUAAUAGGUUAUAAUUGUCCUAAAGCUCUUACACCUAGAGAAGUAAUACCUCAUUCGGGAAAUGGUCCUUACGCCCAGAGAACUGACUUAGGAUGGGGUGUAGUUGGCAUUAUAGAUCAAUGUGCGUCAGAAAAUUUGGAUUCAAUAGGCUGUAGUAGUCAGACAUUUCAAGUUCGAACAUCAUGUAAUAAUAAAUCAGAACAAUCACUAACUUCAAGUGAUAUUGUUGUUUCCUUUAAAACACACAUCCGAGAAAUUAUUAAUCCUGUUGACAUACUGAAAAUGAUGGAGAUAGACUUCAGUGAUCGUAAUAAUAAUGACUCUGGUUGUUCUCAUGAAGAUAAUCAAUUUGUACUUAAGAUGAACUCAUCAAUUCGCUUAAAUGAAAACAGUCAUUAUGAAAUGCCUUUACCUUUCCGUGGAUCUAAACCAACGCUUCCGAAUAAUCGCAUUGUGGCAGAAAAUCGUUUGACACCUUUGGUAAAUCGUUUUACAAAAGACAUAAAUUUUAAGCAAGAUUACAGUAAAUUCAUGAAUGAGAUUAUCGAAAAGAAUUACGCCGAACCGAUUUCUGCGCAUGAACUUUGUAAUAUUGGACAGAUUUGGUAUAUACCACAUCAUGCAGUUUAUCAUGCAAAAAAGCCUGGUAAAAUUCGAGUCGUUUUCGACUGUAAUUCGAAAUUUAAGGAUGUUUCGCUUAAUGAUCAUUUGUUAAAGGGGCCCGAUCUAACCAAUAGUUUGUUCGGUGUAUUAUGUCGAUUUAGAAUGGAGAAUGUAGCCAUUAUGUGUGAUAUUGAGCAAAUGUUCUACCAGUUUAAUGUGGAAAAACAAGAUCGUGAUUUUCUCAGAUUUUUAUGGUGGAAUAAGGGAGAUGAUAAGCCUGCCGAUUUCAGAAUGACUGUGCAUUUAUUUGGUGCUACCUCGUCACCAGGUUGUGCGAACUUUGGGCUAAAGCAAGCUGCAAAUGAUUUUGAAAUGGAAUUUGGAUCAGAAGCUGCUAAUUUCGUGCGAAAUAAUUUCUAUGUUGAUGAUGGUUUGUUGUCAGUCAAAACUGACGAAGAAGCAAUUUCGCUGAUUGAAAAUACCAAAAAACUGUUAGCCAAGUGCGGAUUGAGACUUCAUAAAUUUUUGUCAAAUUCUAACACAGUGAUCGAAUCAGUUCCGGUUGUGGAUCGUGCAAAGGUUCUUCAGAAUCAUGACCUUUUCUUCGAAGAUUCACCUAUUGAGAGAUGUCUUGGUUUACAGUGGUGCAUUGAAUCCGACACUUUUCAGUUUCGUAUAUGUCUCAAAGAUCAGCCACUCACCAGACGUGGAAUUUUGUCAACUGUUUCCUCGAUCUAUGAUCCGUUAGGACUUAUUUCGCCAGUUAUUUUAGUUGGUAAACAAAUCUUGCAGGAACUCUGUAGAGCUCAUAACGAUUGGGACAGUGACAUUCCGGAUAUAUUGAGAUUCCGAUGGGAAAAAUGGAGAUCUAGCUUAUCUCAACUUGCAGACGUGAAAAUAGAACGUUGUUAUAAACCCAAAGACUUUGGUGAUAUUGUGGUAAAUGAAUUACAUCAUUUUUCAGACGCGUCAACGUUCGGUUACGGACAAUGUUCGUAUUUGAGAUUGAUUGACAAUAAUAGCAAUGUAUCUUGUUCAUUAGUAAUGAGUAAAUCUCGAGUGACACCUCUUAAACCAAUAACAAUUCCCCGUUUAGAAUUAGCUGCAGCUUUAGUGUCGGUAAGAGUUAGUUUGCAGUUAAGACGUGAAUUGAACUAUAGUAAUUUAACUGAAGUAUUUUGGUCAGAUAGUAAAGUAGUGUUAGGUUAUAUUAACAAUGAUGCAAGAAGAUUUCAAAUGUUCAUUGCGAAUCGUAUACAGCAGAUACGAGAGUCAAGUAAUCCUACUCAGUGGAGGUACAUUAAAUCGAAAGAUAAUUUAGCAGAUCUAGCAUCAAGGGGCGUUACUGCAGAAGAGCUCAAUGCGACUAAAUGGUUCAUCGGACCAGACUUUUUAUGGAAAUCACAAUUACCUAGUACAUCUGACAAUCCUGAAGAAAUGCAUGUAAAUAUAUCUUCUGAUGAUCCUGAACUUAAGAAGGUACAGAGUUUAGCUACAAAUGCAAAACCAUGUUUUGAACUUUCUCGUUUGAAUCACAUUUCAGACUGGUUUAAAGCCAAACGAGUGAUAGCCUUAUGUUUAAGAUUUAAAGCAAUAUUGCUCAGUAAAGUUAAAGAUUUUCCUGAUCAACCACUGACUCAUUCGCCCUUAACAGUUGAAGAAUUAAGAUGUUCAGAAUUACAAAUCAUUAAGAUGGUACAAGCUGAAGCCUUCGCUGAAGAGUUAAAAAUUCUUAAGGCUGUGAAAUUAUCUGCAAAUAAAGAGGACAUUAUUCGCUUAAAAAAGUCGUCGUCACUUUAUAAACUUGAUCCUUUUCUGAAUUCUGAUAAUGUUAUUUGCGUGGGUGGACGACUCAAACGAGCUACCUGUGAUCAGUUAGAUAAAUACCCAGUUAUUUUGCCAAAGAAACAUUACAUUACAAACAUGAUUGUGCGCUAUUUUCAUAGUAUUGUUGAGCAUCAGGGUCGCGGAAUAACCACUAAUGAAAUAAGAGCCAGCGGUUACUGGAUAAUAGGUUGUACAUCAGUUGUGUCUAGUCAUAUUUUACGGUGUGUUAUAUGUCGUAAGUUACUCGGUCGGUCACAGGAACAAAAAAUGAGUGAUUUACCAGAAGAUCGUUUGGAAACUGCGCCUCCUUUUAGUUAUUGCGGAAUGGAUUGUUUCGGCCCAUGGUAUGUAAAAGAGGGCAGAAAGGAAAUUAAGAGAUAUGGGUUAUUAUUUGUAUGUAUGGCUAGCCGUGCUAUACAUAUAGAAACUUUAAAUGAUCUAAGUACAGACGCAUUUAUAAACGGUUUACGACGUUUCCAGUGUAUUCGUGGACCUAUCCGACAGUUAAGAUGUGAUAACGGAACAAACUUUAUUGGAGCAAAACGCGAGUUACAUCAAGCCUUUCACGAGAUGGACAGUGGUCGAAUUCAGAAAUAUCUUGUAGAAAAUGGGUGUGACUAUUUUCAGUUUAAAACUAAUGUUCCAAAUGCUAGCCAUAUGGGUGGGCUGUGAGAGCGCCACAUUCGUUCUAUUCGAAAUGUUCUAUCGUCACUUUUGUUACAGAAUGGUUCUCAGUUGGAUGACGAUUCCUUGCGCACCUUUAUGUAUGAAGCUAUGUCAAUUAUUAAUAGUAGGCCACUUACAGUAGAUAACUUGAACGACGUCAAUUCGCUAACACCCUUAACUCCUAAUAACAUUUUAACUAUGAAGUCUAAGAUAAUAUUGCCUCCCCCUGGUGAAUUCCAGAAACCUGAUCUUUAUUCACGAAAACGUUGGCGUCGCGUUCAGUAUAUAUCAAAUGAAUUUUGGAGUAGAUGGAAGCAAGAGUAUCUGCAGAAUCAACAAGUACGUCAAAAAUGGAAUCGUGAAACUCGUGAUAUGCAUUGUGGUGAUAUAGUGCUCGUGGUUGAUGAUAAAUCUGCUCGCAAUCAAUAGUCUUUGGGACGAAUUAUAGAAACUUACAAAGAUAAAGAUAAUCAUGUGCGAACUGUCAAACUUUUAGUUGGUGAUAAGAAGCUUAAUGCGAAAGGGAAACGUGUCUAUCCGAGAAGUGUUCUUGAACGUCCUAUUCAGAAACUGAUAUUAAUUUUGGAACAUGAGUAAACCGGGAUUCCCCAUCGAGGAGCCACAGACUUUCAGUAGAACUAUCAAACUGUUAUGCUUAACCGUUUAGUUAUUUGGUUUACUUUUAUAUCUCUGCUUUUUCUUUGUUCGUAGAUUAAUUGAAAAUUAGUUCCUAAUUUUGGGGAGCCAUGUAACGGUAGUCGUGCGAUAGACGAAGUGUUCCGAUUGCUAACUUUGUCUACUGGCUGUUUGUCGGCUAAUUUCCUAUUAAAGGGAGAAUUAAUUGAUGUUGUUUGUUGUUUCUCUUUAAUUUUGCCUUUACGUCUUAAGCUUGUAUAAUAUCAUAGUUUAUAUUAUUAGUUUGAGUAUUAAAUAUGUAGAUAUUUAUUCAGGGAAUCAAAUUAUGAUUAUAGGCAUUUAGUUAAGUUUAUUAUGUUUACCUAAUAAGCUUCCCUCAAAAUACGUGGUCUUUCGUAGAUCAUCAUGGCAGCCAAAUGAAUGAAAUCGGGAAAGGGGUGAAGUCAAAAAGGUUAUUACGUUUUAUUAACACAUAAUUUAUAUAUUUAUAGUAUGCUAAUAUGUUUAUUGUAUGUUUAAGUACAUGUCAGUAUUAUUGUGUGCUUUGCCAGGCAAUGUUUUAGUCAUAUUAAGUCAGGUUUAUAAUUCGUGGAGACAGCGCUGUCGUCCGCUGUCGUCUGUCAGUGUCAUCGUCCUUGGCCUUUGAACAGGGCUACGUAUUGUUUACGUUGUGUUCAUUGUCGUCAUUAAAGUUAGUCAAUCAGUACUGCAUGGUAAUCCGAUGUAUUUUUCUUAUUUCAGUUUUCACGUAAUGUUUAGUGAAAUCUUCAGAAUGUACAUGUAAUAUUCAGUGAAAGCUUCAGAAUAUAAUAUUCAGCAUGUAAUCAAGUAUUAUUCAGCAUCGUCAGUAAUGAGUAAUAUUCAGCCAUGGUGUCUUCAGUAUAAUAUGUAGCACGUUGAUUAUAAUCAGAAUUAAAAGAGGAAUUCAUCCGUAUUCGAAUUCUCUCAUUAGGCUAUGUAGGCCCAUGCGUAUGCGACCUGAUUUGUGUAAGCUGAUGUGUGAACUGUUUAUAUUUGUAGCUGUUAGUUAAUAUAUAAAGUUUAUUACAUUGAAGAACUACACGUCGUUGUUUAUAUUUCGCUAAAUGUUUCAGUGUAGAAAGCAUUGACUUCAGAGUAUUCGUCCGCAGAGCAUCAUUCCUCUGUCAAUAUUAUUUGGCUGCUUCAGCGAUAGAGGCAUGCUGUUACACACAGUAUUAUCUGUAUUUUCUACCAUUAGGGUAAUGGUCGUGUAAUGGAUGAUUUCAUAUAAGUGUAAAAUGUAAAAAAUAUUAGUACCCGGUCAAUUCUUUUAAUUUAUUGUGUCAGAAAAUCUAGCUAAGGUCAUGUUUUGUUUAUUAUUUCAGUAUUUUCGAAGUUCUACUGAUGUUAGCUAACAUAAUGUUUAUUAUUUCAGUAUU